AUAAAACUCUCUCUCUCUCUCUCUCUCUCUCUCUCUCCCUCCUCUAUUCUCUCUCUGAUUUGUCUGCACUUAAAAUCCCAGAAGUUAUUUUGUCUAACUUCUCUCCUUUUGCACGAAUUCCCAGAACUCCGUGAAUGGGAUUUCUCAGUCUUCAGAAAAUACCUAUCAGUUUAGAUUUUCUUCUACAAUUUUAAAAACUUCUUGAUUCACGUGAUCACGUUUCGUUUUCACUUUGCAUUUUUCAGUUCAAAUUGUUCCACCAUUCCAGAUCUUGGGUUCUUAUUUUUCAUAAAAAGCCCACGAAGUUUCCAUCUUUAAACCCACCAAGAAAUCCCAAGAGUCACUUUUUCUUUCCUGAGAUGGAAAACAAAUAUAAGCUCAUAUUAAUCAUAGGACUAACCUCAUUAACAUUCUUAACAAUUCUGUUCCUUAUAAUCUUUUGCUGUAGAAGAAAAAAGCCUCAAAAUGUUUCAAGGGAUAUAGAAGCUAGCUUUGAGUGCAAAGAAAUUUCUGGGGUGGUAAAUACAGAUGAUAUUUUGAUCAGGUUUCAAGAUGUUGAAGAUCUAACUGUACAUGAAUUACUGGAUGCCCCUGGUGAGGUUAUUGGAAAAUCUAGCUAUGGAACUCUGUACAGGGCUAGUUUGGUAAAUUCAAAUUCACUGAUUUUGUUAAGGUUCUUGAGGCCUACUUGUACAUUGAGGAUAAAAGAAGUCGUACCAAUUAUAGAGCUGCUGGGUUCCAUUAGGCAUCCAAAUUUGGUGCCUCUGAGUGCAUUUUAUGCGGGGCUGAGAGGGGAGAAGCUUCUUGUUCAUCCAUUUUAUGGGCUAGGAAAUUUGGCUCGUUUCAUCAGAGAUGGUAAUGGCGAGGCUCACAAAUGGUCGAUCAUAUGUAGGAUCUCCAUCGGCAUUGCUAGAGGAGUUCAUUAUCUUCACACGGCGUUUGGAAAGCCCGUAGUCCAUGGAAAUCUCAAGUCGAAGAAUGUACUAUUGGAUCGUAAUUACCAACCAUAUGUGUCGGAUUUUGGCCUGCAUCUUCUCUUGAAUCCGAUGGCUGGGCAACAAAUGCUUGAAGCAUCUGCAUCUCAGGGAUAUAAAGCUCCCGAGUUGAUUAAAAUAAAAGAUGCAAGUGAAGAAAGUGAUAUUUAUAGUCUUGGGGUAAUCUUUCUAGAAUUACUUACUGGAAAAGAACCCAUUGAUGAAAACCCGACUACCGAUCAAGACUUUUAUUUGCCUAAUACCUUGAGGGCUGCAAUUCUUGAUGAUCGAAUAACGGAUUUGUAUCAUCCAGACAUCCUUCUCAGUCGAAACAGUGGUCAGACAGUAGUCACUGAAGAUCAUAUUCUCAGGUUUUGUCAACUUGCAAUGGCUUGUUGUUCUCCCUCAACUCCCCUUCGGCCUGAUAUUAAGCAAAUUCUCGACAAGCUUGAAGACAUUGCUAAGUGAUUGAAUCUUCCAUGAAAAGUUGAACAUGAAAAGCAUGACAUUCGGCUUGUCAACUUGAUCACAAGACUUAACCAUUGGAAUGCUAGUUGAAGCACAAUCGUAAGAGAGAUUUUAAGUAUAUUGAUGAUGGGAUAUUUUCGAAUAACAAAUGCUGCUAUUAUUGGAGAAGAGGUUUUGAGUUCUUCCAUUACAAGCCUCUGUCAUUCAUAGAAUCUUUUGUGUACUGUCGGCCAAUGAAUCAGAGAAGAAUACAAAAAUUUCCUAACAUGUUCCCUGGAAUUAUUUUGCUUAGUUUGUCUGAUGCAGCUGUUAGGAUUUCGUUCCUUUAGUUGCGCUAGUAGUUUAACGAAGUCGAGAGAAAAGAUUUUCAUAACCUAGGCGAUGAGAAAAAUCAAGAUAGAGGUAUAAUUUUCAGUUGCUCUGGAGAUGAUUGACAAACUCAUGCCUCGACUGAGCAGCUUCUACAGCAUAUGAACCAGUGAAGCUGGCAUUAGCCUUCCUUCUCGGUUCGAUUCUUGCAUCCCUCCUGGUAAUUUGUCGAGCAAUUUUGUGAUCAUAUAGGUUUGUUUAAGAAUUUGCAUUUCCAGUUUUCCCAUUAUUGUAGAAAUCAAAACUUAGAAAAUUGCAUUUGCUGCCCUUUAUUUUUGUUCUGGGAUUGGAUAGUGUUGUUUGCUGGAAACCUUGGAAUCUGUCGGAAGACAAACACUCAUGACAUGGUGAAUGUAUAACAUUUAUCCCAACAUCUCAAUUUAGUUGGAUGCUCGAAUAAUUGAUAUUAUCUUUGUUGUGUAA